CCAAGUGCUUCGUUCGGUAAUAGCAGUACCGAUCGCCAAACGAACUGACGACGGGCAAUACGGCAAUGGACAUGUUACCCGACGACGUGUUCGCGGACAUCCUCGGCAAUCUGGACCCCCGCACCCUAGCCGCCUGCCGCUGCGUCUCCAAGUCCUGGCGCGCCACCGUGGACGCCGGCCGCCUCCUCCGCAACGACCUCCUGCCACUCUCCUUCGCCGGCAUCUUCGACCUCUACAGGACCGACAUCGGCGACGACGUGCCCCCGACGUUCUUCUCCCGCCGUAACCCCCCAACCUUCCACGGGAGCCUCGCCUUCCUCGACGACGCCGCCGCCGACUGGUCGUCCUCCAUCAAGGACCACAGCAACGGGCUGCUGCUCCUCUGGGAGGGCGUGGCCAACCCUGCCACGCGGCAAUGGGCGCAGCUUCCCCCUUAUCCAUGGCUCAGCAGAGACAACCGCGCCUUCCUCGUCUUCGAUCCUACGGUCACGCCGGCCUCCUCCUCGCCUACGACAUCUAUUUUGUCCUCAGACCCCCGCAGCCUGGCCGCCUGCCGCUGCGUGUGCAAGUCCUGGCGCGCAACCGUGGACGCCGGCCGCCUUCUCCGCAAGGACCUCCUGCCGCUCUCCGUCGCCGGCAUCUUCGACCUCUACAUGACGGGCAUCGGCGAGGAGCUUCCCCCGAUGUUCUUCGCCCGCCCGGCCUCCAUCAACAACCCUCCCAUCGACACGGACCUCCUCAGCUACCUCCACGCCGCCUUCUUCCACGACUGGGCCUACUCGUCGGAGAUCACGGGCCACUGCAACGGCCUGCUCCUCCUCUUCGCGGCCGUCGCCAACCCGGCCACGCGGCAGUGGGCCCGCCUGCCGCCUUACCCCCGCGAGGAUCCACGGCCCAACAAGGCCUUCUACCAGCACGCCUUCCUCGCCUACGACCCUACCACCGCCGCACCGUCUCAGCAACACUUUGAGGUCUUCUUCAUGCAAUGUCCUUUCCGCACGGUCAGCGAGCGCAGGACCAGGACUGAGCUCGACCCUGCCAACCCGGGCUUGGAGUGGCCGCCGUCGCCCUUCGUCAUGAGCGUCUUCUCGUCGAGGACGUGGCGCUGGGAGGAGAGGUCUUUCGUCAGGGAAGGGAUGGGUGCACGGCAUAUCGCAAGCUUGGUGCCGUUUCUUGAAGAUGUGAGCCGCCAUGAUUCCGUGUAUUGGCGGGGACGGCUCUACGUCUGCCACAUAUUUUUUAUUAUCAGAUUGGACUUGGAGGAUAAUAGGUACCAUGUGAUUCAACUCCCCCCAAUGAAAGAAGGAGAACCAUGCAGAAAGAUUGACCGAUAUUUCGGAAAAUCCAAAAAUGGUGUGUACUAUGGAUUUGUCCAAGGCUGGUGCAAACUUCAGGUUUGGUUUCUUGAUGAAUCAACUCAAGGGACGCAUGAGUGGGUGUUGAAGCAUGAUACCGACCUCGAGCCCUUUCUGUCAAAUUUCCCUUGGAAACAUGGUGAUGGACCUUGGUCUGUACAAGGCUAUUCCGUCAAUGCAGAAGAUACACUAGAGAAUGAAGAGAAACCAGAAUGGGAUUCAGAUAACGAUGAUGGCAUUACUGCUAGUGCUGCUCAUGAUAGUGUCCAAAAAAGAUUUGGUAUUUGGAUACUUGGAUUUCAUCCUUACAAAGAGAUUGUCUUUUUGCACACAACAUCAGGCAGAGUAAUGGCCUAUCAUCUUAAUAGCUCAAAGGCUGAGGAUCUCGGUUGUUUACCCUUAGACCGCUAUGACUAUGUUGUUAGAUUGGGGUUGCCUUUUACAUACACGCCUUGCUGGAUGGAGAUCAGCUGCUUGAGUUUAGAGGCCGGUGUCGAUCGAGCUCUAGGGCGGCUAUAGCAUGUAGCUUGAUAUCUUCAAAUUAACUUCAGUAGAUUUUCAGUUUGAGUGUACGACAUGUUUGUGUUCUUGCAUACAAUGGCAGCCAAGGAACACCAUGUAAACUGCUCAGCUAGUCUAGUCAUAGAGUUGGUUGCUGAACCCUAAGAAAUCAAGAAUACGAUGUUUUUAUCCUCUGUUUUUUUAAGGGAACAAUGGACGUUUAUAUGUCAUGUACA